ACCCGGUGAAGUCCUCGGCCUAAUAUGGCUAGUAUACAAACACUUUAAAAAACAAACAAGAUUCAGUAUAAGUUACGUAUUUUUAAGAGGGUAUAAUUUUUUUUCUCCUAAAUACAAUUUAAUAUAACACAAUUUCUUUGCACGACAUUGUUUAAGUUACUAAAAACUGCCACUGCUGUCGAUAUCUGUUAGCAUAUUAGCAUAUUAUCGUGCUACGGAAGUAGACAGAACAGCGUCGUAAAAGCGCACGCAGUCUGUGAGGCUGUCAGACUGGAUCCCGGAUCCUGCUGAGAGGGUUGAAGGUGUCUGUACAAGCUUCUGCAAGCCUCUCUGCUGUCACUAUGGCGCGCGUGGAAACAUCUUCAAGCAGGCCGUACCACCUUGUUAUCUUCGGAGCCUCCGGGUUCACGGGCCAGUUCGUGGUGGAGGAGGUGGCCCGGACGGUGUCCGAGGGUCCGAAGGGGAACUUGAAGUGGGCCGUGGCCGGCAGAAGCAAACAGAAGCUGGAAAAAGUUCUGGAGCAGGCCGCUGGAGUCCUCAGUAAGCCCGAGCUAAGGACAGAGGUGGACAUCAUCGUGGCAGAUGUAGAGGAACCAGACUCCCUUGCAGCCAUGUGCAAACAGGCUGUGAUUGUUCUCAACUGUGUGGGGCCUUACAGAUUCUAUGGUGAGCCAGUGGUCAAAGCCUGUGUGGAAAAUGGAGCACACCAUAUUGACAUCUGUGGAGAGCCUCAGUUUCUGGAGGGCAUGCAGUUGAACUACAGCAGCCAGGCAGCUGAAAAUGGUGUGUACAUCAUUGGGAGCUGUGGAUUUGACUCCAUUCCUGCAGACAUGGGGGUCCUCUACACCAGAGACCAGUUCAAGGGUACAUUGACUGCAGUGGAGAGCUUCCUGAAUGUCAGCACAGGAGCUGAUGGCGGGUGUAUCCAUGAUGGCACGUGGCAGUCGGCCAUCUACGGUUUUGCUGACAGCCAGAAGCUUCAAAGUCUUAGGAGGAAGUUUAAUCACAAACCUCUCCCUACGGCUGGCCCAAAGCUUAAACGCAGGGGAGCGUUGUUCUACAGUAAUGAGAUCCAGCAGUACUCGGUGCCCUUCAUGGGCUCUGAUCCCGCUGUUGUGAAGAGAACACAGCGCUUCCUGGUGGAGGAAUAUCAAGCGACUCCUGUCCAGUAUGGAGCAUAUGCAGGAGUAGGAGGUAUUGGAAGCAUCAUCAAACUGAUGUUUGCUGGCAUCAUGUUCUGGUUCUUAGUCAAGUUCAGUUUUGGACGGAAUCUGCUCGUCAAGCACCCAGAGUUCUUCUCCUUUGGAUUCUUCUCAAAGGCUGGACCAACUAGAAAGCAGAUGGAGGCUUCAUCCUUCCAGUUCACCUUCUAUGGAGAAGGCUACACACAGGAACAGGACCCCUCCCAGGGAAAACCUAACGCCAAGAUCCGCACACGGGUUCAAGGACCAGAGGCUGGAUAUGUGGCCACACCCAUCGCCAUGGUCCAGGCUGCUCUAACCAUUCUCAACGAAGCUGCAGCCUUGCCCAAAAAGGGAGGAGUAUAUACUCCAGGAGCUGCGUUUGUGAAGACCACACUAAUCGCCCGCCUCAACAAGCAUGGCAUCCAGUUCUCUGUCAUCUAAAGUUUGUUCUCUCCCUGCUGCCAUUCUCCAGGUUUUUGUGAGCACUUACUAAUAUGCCUAAUAGCAACUGCAACGUUUCCAACAUUGGAAGAGUGCUGUUUAAUCAGACCAAUGAGUUUCAGAUGAAGUCCUGACAUUGUUUGUGGUGUUAUUUUUUUGACAUGUAUUCCUUUUGUUUAGUCAGAAACUUGCCGGUCUCUGUUUGGCUUGAAUGUAUUAACGUUCCGCUUGCAAAACAAAAAACACAACUGCAGCAGUGUUUCCUAGCCAAGGGCAGUAAAAAAAUGUUGUGCGGAAAUGGGUUUCGCGUGGUCCUCCACUAACACAAUUAUUGUUGACAAAAAAGGAAUUCUGGAGAGAACUGGAUUUACUUCACAUCUUUAAACACAGUAAAGUAAAAGUGGUUGGGGGCAUUUUGUAUGUGCAACAAUGGGAUUAAAAAAGGUCCUGUCAUCUGGGGUUUACGUUAAACAGAAUUAGACCACUGGACACAAAUUUAAAAAAAAAACAUCUCAUGCUCCCUUCAGUGACUGAAUUUUAAAACAAAGUAUAAAUUUUGGAAGUAUGUUUAUGAUUUUCUGUGGUUGGGUAGAUUGGUAAGGAAGGUGGAAAAGAGGAGUGCAGCUGUAGUGAACUUCGUGAAGCAAAGUCUUUUCCUUUAAAGUCAACUUCUGCACUCUUUUGUUCUAGCAUACAGUAGUUUUUUAUUUUUUUUUUUUUAUUUUAAAUAUGUACAAGAGCAAUACUAGGUAGCAUUAACAUGAUAGCCGUACAUAUUUUGUUCUGGUUCUGUGGAGUAAAGCCAAAAGUAGAGGACAGAAACAUGCUGUGUGUUUAUGUACACGUUUGCCUUUAUUGGCCCGUUAGUUAAAAUCUUCCCUGCUUGUUGGACUAAUAACUUUUUUUUUUUUAAGGUUAAAUUUCCAGUGGUUCAUUUUCCAGUUAACCUUAAGCCUUGUCAGAUAACUACAUCCAGCUGCCUGUGCAUCAAACAAGCAUGAGUUAUUCCAUGAAACUGAACAGUUCCUCUCUGCUGUUUAAGUCUGGAAAAAGUGUUUUUUUCCUUGCUGGAUUAGGUGCACAAACAUGAUUUUUAUCAGCGCAGACUUGUUCAUGUUUGGCUGUUAUGUGCACGUGACAAGCUGUUUUGGGGGUUGCUUUGGUGUGCUUUGCUUUGCUCAUAAAUAAAACCAACUCUGCAAAUAA